AUGGAUUCUCAAUCUUCCUUGGUCAUCCUCUUUGUUUUCCUCCUACCCUUUAUUUUAUUGCUCUUGAUCAAGCAGAGGAAGAAAAGCUCUGCUUCUCAAGAGAGGAGGUUGCCUCCUGGUCCUAGGAGGCUACCUCUCAUUGGGAACCUUCACAAGCUUUCUAAUGGCUUACCUCAUCAUGUCCUUGAACACCUUGCCCUUCAAUAUGGACCCCUCAUGUUCUUGCAAUUAGGCUCAAUAUCUACUCUGGUGGUCUCUUCAGCCCAUAUGGCAAGAGAGAUCUUCAAAACUCAUGACCUUGUUUUUUCCGGUAGGCCAGUCUUGUAUGUUGCAAAGAAGCUUAGCUAUGGUUGUGUCAACCUAUCAUUUGCUCCCUAUGGUGAGUAUUGGAGGGAGAUGAGGAAGAUUGUGAUCUUGGAACUGCUUAGUGAAAAGAGGGUUCGAAUGUUUCAGUCUGUGAGGGAUGAAGAGGUCACGCUUAUGCUUGACUCUAUAGCUCAUUCUAAGGGUCUCAUCAAUCUCACUCAACUGACAUUUUUCUUAGCAAACAAAGUCUUGUGCCGUUCGGCUUUCGGUAAAAAGUAUGAUGAUGGAGGAGGAAUUGGCAAGAGCAGAAUUCAUGGAUUGCUUGAAGAGACAGGGGCCCUGUUAGGAGGAUUCUUCAUGUCAGAUUUUCUACCAUGGUUGAGUUGGUUAAACAAGUUCAAUGGUCUUGAGAAAAAGGUAGAGAAGUGUUUUAAAGGCUUGGACAAUUUCUAUGACAGAGUGAUUGAGGAACACCUUGAUCCUAGAAGGCCUAAACCAGAGCAUGAAGAUCUUGUCGAUGUUCUGCUUCGGGUUCAGAGGGAUGCCAGUCAAGCAAUACCCCUCAGUAAUGACCAAAUUAAGGGUGUUCUCACUGACAUGUUUAUUGCAGGCACUGAUACUUCCUCAGCCACACUGGUGUGGACAAUGGCUGAACUGAUUAGGAACCCCCUAGUGUUGAGGAAAGCACAAGAUGAGGUGAGAGGAGUUUUAAAGGGAAAAGCAAAAGUGGAAGAAAGUGAUCUUUCUGAACUCAUGUACCUAAAGCUGGUCUUGAAGGAAAGUUUUAGACUACAUCCAGCAGUGCCCUUACUACUUCCAAGAGAAACCUUAAAGAGUUGCACGAUUGAAGGGUACGAAAUUCCCACCACAACAAUGGUAUUUAUCCAUGCAAAAAUGAUAGGAAAAGACCCAGAAUGUUGGGAGAAUCCAAAUGAGUUCUGGCCUGAAAGAUUCUUGGAUAGCUCAAUUGAGUACAAAGGAAACCAUUUUGAACUUUUACCAUUUGGGGCAGGAAGGAGAGGUUGUCCUGGUAUUAGCUUUAGUGUGAAGCUAAUUGAGCUUGCACUUGCUAAUCUCCUCUAUCAUUUCGACUGGGAACUCCCUCAUGGGGUGAGAAGAGAAGACUUGGACAUGGAAGAUGCUGCAGGGCUUGCAGUUAGCAAGAAAGUUCCUUUAUUUCUAGCUGCUAAACCUGUGUAUCCUUCCUUGACAAGCUAUGUUGCACAAUAA